AUGAGGUUUACUGACAUUCUACUUGUGCUGACCUUGUCUGUAACUGCCAAUGCAUUAGUGAUUUCAUCCAAAUCAAUCACUCAAUCACACCAUCUAUCAAAACGCAGUCCCGGAAAAGGUAUACAGCUAUUGGGAAAAAACAAUUCAAGCGACGAACUAAGCCAAGAAGAAGAGGAAGAAUACAAGGCUUUAAUGGAAGAUUACAGACAACAUAAACGUGAAAAGAAGAAAAAGUGCAGGAAGCAUCAAGCUUAUUUGUCUGAGAUGAAUAAUAUGGGAUUCAAGUCAUCUGCAUUAAAACUGGUUAGUCAACUUUUGAUGGGAACUAGUCAUGCAAAGCCACACAAUCAAUCGGAGCGUAAAGCCCAAAUGGUUACUGAAGAUCAAUUGCUAACCGAAUGCGAGGAAGCGAGUCGAAACAAAAAAGAAGCAAAGAAAAAGUUGAAGGAUUUUAAGAGACUUCAUGGUAUUACAACCAUAUUGACGUAA